AUGUCAGAACAGCAAGAUCCAGUUGAAGGAACGUCAGAAGAGCCCGUGGUAUCCUUUAGGAAGCCGACUAGAAGAGGUGUUUUGAGAAGGAAAAAAGUCGAAGAAGAAGAGGUGGAAAAAGAAGACGGAUCUGAAGAUGAUGAAGAUACAAUAGAGUAUGCUUUUUGUUGUUUGUUAAUUUUAGGUAACAAUGAUUUUUCUGGCUAAAACUUUUGGUUAGCUGGAUGAUCAUGUAUAAAAUGAAGGUUAUUUGUAGCUCUUCAAGGCCUUUUAUGCUAUUAUUCCAUAGUUCUCACCUUUGUCAACAAUAUAGUGUAAAAUGAUUUUAAUCAAACUCUUUCAGUCGCAAGCUUCGUGACAUCCGUGAAGUCCAGCAGCUUCGAAAACGUCGGAAUGGAAUGACAGCGUUAGAAUGUGCGUUAGGGAAACGAAUAGCGAGCGAAUUCGAUGAACAUGAAGACGAUCCGUUCAAAAGUAGCAAGACUGGAGGUAUGAUGACCUUACCUGAAGAAAAACGGAAGAAAUUGACGGCUGAGGACAUUACCAGUGGAAUGAAGGAUCAGUUUCAUAAAGAAGAGCUGUUGUUUGAUGAGGAUGAGGAAAUGUAAGCUAAAGUUUUUGAUUUUUACAUAUAUAGUUAUACAAUAAAAAGGUAUAGGAGGGACUUUUGCAUAGUUCCUAUAAAUUUAGCUCUUGUUUAAUUUUAGGAAAAAGUACAUUGAAGCCAACCUCUACAAGAACAAGAAGUCAGACACAAGAGAAGAAAAACCAAUAAGGACACAGUCAGCCGAAGACGAGAUUCUACUUCGAGUAGCAGAAAAAGUUAGGGCCUAUACCUCGAAGAAGGACGACGAGCUUUUGUCAAAUCAAAUGUUAGCAGGUAUUCCUGAAGUCGAUCUAGGCAUAGAAGCUCGGAUGAAGAAUGUACUAGAAACUGAAAGAUUAAAGGGAGACAUGGUGGCAAAUGGAGGUAAACCACCGCCAUCAGAGCAGAACCCUAAGAAGUACAAAAGGUUCAGGAUAGAGUAG